CAACAAAACCCUUUUUUUUUUUUUUUCCCCCUUCCGGAAUCGCUUUCUUUGAGCUCCUUCAACUGAGCUUUAUGUUAUCCGACGGAAACUGCCUUCUUUCUUCUCUAGCUCUCGCCCGGAGAUUUAAGCUCGGGACUAAUUGUUAAGAACAAGCCCAAGGUUAGGAACGUCCUGUGAAAACCCGAAUCUCAUUAAUCUUGGGUAAUGUCCAACCCAGGCGGGGAAAUAGUCCCUUUGGGCUUUGUGUUCACAGUUCAGGGAAUCUGCUCAAGUUUGGACAGAUUUUUAGAGGAUCUUUUGUAAGCAGAGUAUAGGAGAGAGAAAGUAAAUUUAUUUGGUGGGUGACAUACUUGGAAAUCUGUGUUGAAAGGAGACAAUUGAAAGAACUGUGAGCAGAAAAUUAACAGGCACGAAAGUUGUUCUUCAAAUGCUGGAAGCCUCCUAAGGAGAAACAGAAUAUAUUGGUUCAGGGCUAUUGAAAUGAUGCAGAUUUGGCUCAGUCUAAAGGACACUUUCUUAGCAAUUAGAUCCACUGUGCAGUUAUGCUCCUAAAACUUACUGGCUUGCCCAGAAGCUUUUUGAAAAUUGGUUUAUUCGAUUUGAGACCGGGUCUUGCUAUAUAGUGCAGACUGUCGCAUAAUUGGUGAUCCUCCUGUCUCUGCUCUCCAGUGCUCAGUGCAGUAAUUACAGGUGUGUGUCACCAUGACUUCAGCUUGGCGUUCCCAAGUACAGACUGUCUUAAAGGCAUUAUCUGCCACUGGGUAGUAAUGGCUGUUCAUUUGUUGCAAUCUGUGAUACUUUGAUUUAUGGACACCUCAUCUUGUGCAGAAUGAAUUUGAGGUUGAUUAAGAGGGGUAUAUACAUUUUGCAUGUUUGGCAUAAAGGAGGGAAAAAUUGGGAAGUGACCAAAAGCCUGCCUUGACUAGACUAUUUGCUUCUGCUGAUAGACUGCAAGAGUUAAAAAGCUUCUUAUUUUUAUUGUAUUUAGUGUGUGAGUGUGUGUGUGUGAGUGUGUGUGAGUGUGUAUGAGUGUGUGUGUGUGUGUGUGAAGGAUGAUUUGCUUGAUUCAGUGCUUCUUUUACAUCAUGUGGGCACUUAUUACUCACCUAGCCAUCUUGCCAGCCGAGUUAAACCUUUAAGAUAGCUUUGGGUUUUGUUGAUGGUGGUGGUGGUGGUUUUUAAAGACAGUUUUGUGUGUGUGUGUGUGUGUAGCUAACACCUAGCUGUCCUGGAACUUGCUCAUAGACCAGGUUGGCUGCUAACUCAGUGAUCCCCCUGCCUCUGCCUUCUCCCGAACUCUGGGAUUAAAGGCUUGCACACCACAACCAGCUUUAGGUAGAGUUUUUAAAGUUUUUUUUUUUUUUUUCUGGGAUGGUGUUAAAUUAGACGUGUUUUCCACCCACAUGCUUUUUGAUUUUAUGAACAUUGAAGAAAUUUUCAGAAACCAAGACCUGGAGGGCAUCUCCAAAUGGUUUGAAUUGUGACCCUUAAGAAACAGAAAUUCAAAGGCACCAGGCCUGCCCCCCACGGUCCUGCUGUGUCUGGAAUCUGUGAUGACCAAGGUGGUGGGCAUGGCCACAAUUCUGGGCCCUAGGCCACCUCAGGAGCCAAUGGGGCCUUCGACCCGUAAAGCAGAAGAGGAUGACGAGAAGGACAAGUGCCGCCCUAGCCUAGAGACAUCCCGUCAGCGCUUCAGGCAGUUUGGGUACCAUGACACUCCUGGGCCCCGAGAGGCACUGAGCCAGCUUCGGGUGCUCUGCUGUGAGUGGCUGCAGCCCGAGAUCCACAGCAAGGAGCAGAUCCUGGAGCUGCUGGUGCUGGAGCAGUUCCUGACCAUCCUGCCCCGAGAGCUCCAGGCCUGGGUGCAGCAGCACUGCCCUGAGAGCGCAGAGGAGGCCGUCACUCUCCUGGAAGACCUGGAGCAAGAGCUGGAUGAGCCAGGACUGCAGGUCUCAUCUCCUCAGCGGGAACAGAAGCAGGCUUGGGAGAAGAUGUCAACGUCAGGAACUGCAGUGGAGUCCUUAAGCAGUACCCAGUCUCAGUCCGGGGAUGCCAGCCCCAAAUAUGAGUUUUGGGGGCCCCUGUACAUCCAAGAGACUGGUGAGGAGGAGGUUUUUACUCAGGAUCCAAGAAAGCGUCAAGGUUUGAAAUCGAAUCCCCAGAAGGAGGACUCAGCAGAUGAGCAGAGAAGUUCUGAAGAGGAGGCUCAUGCAGACGGACUCAAAGGGGACAUCAUUCCCGCGAUUGCUACCAAUAAGUAUGGGUCAAGGUCAGAAAGGCAAUGGGAGAGGGGAGCAAAAGCUUUUCUGCAGGAUACAGGUUCCAGGAAAGGGGCAGAGCCCAUGUCUGCUAAGCUUGCCCCGGGAGAGAAACGAUACAUAUGUGCAGAGUGUGGGAAGGCCUUUAGCAAUAGCUCAAACCUCACUAAACACCGCAGAACACACACUGGGGAGAAGCCUUAUGUGUGCACCAAGUGUGGGAAGGCCUUCAGCCACAGCUCCAACCUUACCCUCCAUUACAGAACACACUUGGUGGACCGGCCCUAUGACUGUAAGUGUGGGAAAGCCUUUGGGCAGAGCUCCGACCUCCUUAAACAUCAAAUGAUGCAUACGGAAGAGGCGCCCUAUCAGUGUAAAGACUGUGGGAAAGCCUUCAGUGGGAAGGGCAGCCUCAUUCGACACUACCGCAUCCACACCGGGGAGAAGCCCUAUCAGUGUAACGAGUGUGGAAAGAGCUUUAGUCAGCACGCAGGUCUCAGUUCCCAUCAGCGCCUGCACACAGGGGAAAAGCCCUAUAAGUGUAAGGAGUGUGGCAAAGCCUUCAACCACAGUUCAAAUUUUAAUAAGCACCACAGAAUCCAUACUGGUGAAAAGCCCUACUGGUGUAACCACUGUGGGAAAACCUUCUGUAGCAAGUCCAAUCUUUCCAAACACCAGCGAGUGCACACUGGAGAGGGAGACGUGCCGUAACUGUCCGCCUCUCUGUCAUUGUCGUUGUUCUUGUGAGCAUUAGAAUGUGAGCGCUAGGAAGCAGCCUGUGAUACAGUGUUGGGUGGUAGAUUUUGCUCUAGUCCUCAAGGGGUGCCAUGGAGGGAGAACUCCACAGUGACAGGGCAGGCGGGAGGUCUGCAGAGUGGAGUGAGCCCCACAGUGCUCACCUCGGCCAGCGGGGUCCCUCCUCACGCUCCAGGCCCUAGUGAAACUGUGCUGCCAUUGUCUUCUGCAUAGUUAAACUGAUGUGUGUCCAGUAGAGUUAAGGAAGAAACACUAAAAUUGUUUAACUGUUUUAACAUAUAUCCCACAGUUGUAGUUUGUAAAGAAUUGAGCCACCUUGAACAGUCUGUUUCAGAAUAAAUGUACAGCAUCA